AUGAUCCCCGAAGCAGUCCUCAAGAUACCAGCCCAAACAUCAUUGAUGGCUUUGCAGAUUUGGUGGCUGGGUACCCUGGACCUGGCGAGCGCAAGUGGACGGCAACACAGACCUGAUCCUGGCAUUGAAUCGCUAGUUAUGGAUUGCCAGACUCUUAGGAAGAAUGGAUACAGAAAAGGACGGGAAAGUUUAGCCCAGAACGUCAUUCUGAAGCGACAUGUGCAAGCAAUGGUGGAAGACCUCACCGACGACUCGCUCUUAAUAUUCGCAAUUCUCACCUGGCACUUCAACGCAGAUAUGAGAG